AGCGAGCUGCUCUCUGCCGUGUACGUUCAACGUCACAGACUGAGUCAGCCAAUGGGAAAGAGCCUCAUUUACUGUACGUGUUCCGUAGACCACUGCUAACUUUGCUAUCUGGACUGCUAACAGGAAUCAAGAUGGAUUCUCCCAUACUGGAACCAUCCUUAUACACGGUUAAAGCAGUUCUGAUUCUGGACAACGACGGAGACAGGCUUUAUGCCAAGUAUUAUGAUGACACGUACCCGACAGUGAAGGAGCAGAAGGCGUUUGAGAAGAACAUAUUCAACAAAACUCACAGGACAGACAGUGAGAUCGCGUUACUCGAGGGCCUCACCGUUGUCUACAAGAGCAACAUAGACCUCUUCUUUUAUGUGAUUGGAAGCUCACACGAAAAUGAGCUUAUGCUUAUGGCUGUCCUCAAUUGCCUUUUUGAUUCACUCAGUCAGAUGUUGAGAAAAAAUGUUGAGAGGAGGGCUUUGUUGGAGAAUAUGGAGGGACUCUUCUUGGCUGUGGAUGAGAUUGUGGAUGGAGGGGUGAUCCUAGAGAGUGACCCGCAGCAAGUUGUGCACCGCGUGGCUCUCAGAGGGGAUGAUGUGCCUUUGACAGAGCAGACAGUCACCCAGGUUCUUCAGUCUGCCAAAGAACAGAUCAAGUGGUCGCUUCUACGAUAGUGACCCCAGCAUCAGUCCACCAGUUCAGCCCAGUCUUCAUGGCACUGAUAUAUUUCCGCUCCCUCAAUCAAAGCUGUGAGGAGUGCCACUGGCACACCCAGUCUCACUCCCAGGACUAAUGCUAUGAUAAAGUUUCAUUUUCAAAUCACGUUUUUUGUGUGCAGGUUUGCAUUCUAUGACAAAUUCCACUAGAUGAUAAGACGUGGUGUACAUUCCAGUAUCGGGGCUGGCCUGUUAUAUUUGUUUUUUUUAUUAUUACAGAACCUGGGUGUUUAUUGAUCCAGAGUAUUUCUCAUUACCUGUGACAACAUUCCCUACUUGUAUCUCCCGAGAACAAGAAUUGUAUCCCAUUUGAUAGCAAUCUGUCCCUUCCUCCUACUAUUACUGUACAGGAUACUGGGGGCACCACCUCCGUCACCUAAUGUACAUGAAUAUUGUGCUUAAAAAGUACAACUAGUACUGUAGCCAUACCGCUUAUCACAGGCUCUUUUGCAUUUAUCUUGUCGGGGAUCUUCCAUCAUCAGAUACUAUUAAUAAAUGUUUGUUGACAAUGGCA